AUGGCCAUUCAGUGCAGUUACCAGGCGAUCGAACAGAAUGUGGACGUUGAACUUGAAGCCCAGACAAUACCGAGUUUGAAGCAGAUUCACGACACAAAAGACUACGGUCACAUUAGAGUUGCUAUGAACCUUGAUCCGCCUGAAAAUGAUAUGCAGGUAUGGGAGUGUGAGAUUAUUAAUCGCCUACAAAUGGACCUCAUACACGGGUUACUAAAUUGCAAACCACGCGCCCGGGAUUUCGCAACAGAAUUCUUUAUGGCUGGAAGCGACUCGAAUACGCUUCGACCGACUAUUGUAAUUACAUGUUACCAUGAAAGUUGUAGGAAAGUCGUGCACAACAUCCUGCACUCGCUCGAUUGGCUCUCAAAGUAUGAAUACGCGCAAGAAGUCGUGCUAGAGCGUAUCAUUUACCUCGCAGACCUUGAUAGAAUUAUGAGUAAGAGUUCCGUUGAUGAAGCCUACGUGGAGCUUCAACAAUUGAAUGAGGGUGCACUUUGCGGACAGUACUUAUCAUUGCAUGUAAAGACGGAGAAAAUGUCAAUUGGACAAGAGGACUUGUCUGUUCUUGGAGGCUUUGUUGUUUUUGAUGAGCGUAUAUAUGGACUCACCACAUCCCAUGGUCUAUUGAAUGUAGACGGUGGCAUAUCGACAAGUAAGGGAUUGAACAUCGAAUUCAAGACUACAGCUGCUUUACCAAGUCUACAGCGAUCAAGGCGCGACUUGCUUGCCCCUUCAACGACUAGUAUGGUCAAAACUAGCCAUUCAUGCAAUCAAGGCAGUCUUGUACUACCUAGGGACGAUGACGACAAUGAAGCUUCUGACUGGGCUCUUCUCCCUAUCAAAUGGAAAACCAUGGGGGUAAGAAAUUCCUUCCGCUCCGUAUCAAGUAACACUUGGAUCGGCAUAGAAGGCUACUGGUCUAUCGAUAGAUUGACGGCUGGUCCGGUCGAGAUCGUAGGACCACGGCAGACACGAGUUGUGGGCACGGCGUAUCUGAGUGCUACCGCAGUGUCAUUACACAUUGAUGGUGUUCGACUCAGUGUAAGGCGUAUUACGACGCAAAUACAAAUCUCAAAAGGAAUAUCGGGAACCUGGGUCAUCCGCGAAAGAAGGCUCUGUGGAUAUUUGAUCGCGGGGAAUCAAAGAGCUAACUUCGUAUAUAUGGUACCAAUCGAAAAUGCCCUGAAAGCUAUGCAGCAACACUUGGAUUGUGGUGCGCCAUCGGUCGCCAAUGAUGAUAUUGUGGCGGCGAUAGCGUCUUGUGAAUUUGCUCCGGUCGAACCAGAUAGCCAGCCUUUGCAUAUCACCACAAAAGAUCGACAGGUCGAAAGAAAUUCAUCUGGUGAUGUGAUAGCCUCAGUACCUAUCUGGGAUGAAGAGGCUUUGCUUUAUCCGAGAAUUGAGCGGCAGAGGCAAAAUGUCCUUGUAAUGGAGGGAGGAGGUGUACGAAGCUAUUGGACGCUUCUCUUGCUGGAGGUCUUGAUAAAUUACAUUGCAGAGUUAGAGGAGGCGUCAGAAUCCACCCAUAGUUUUCACCCUUUACCAUACCCGGAAAACGUUUCCCAGAUUCCGCUCACUUCCCAAGAGGGGGCGCACACUGAUCAGUCCGGCAUGAUGGAUGACGAUCAAAUUCGAGAACUUCCUCCCACUCGGAGAUAUCUUCCCUGCCACUAUUUUGACCUCAUCUGUGGUGAAAGGACUGGAGGGCUACUAGCAAUCCUGCUAGGCCGGCUUCGUAUGACGAUUCAGGAUGCUAAAUUUGAAUUUGUGCAGCUAAGUCGUGAGAUAUAUCGCAGACCUCGAAAAUUUUACGUCCUUCGAUCAAAGCUUAGACUUGGCCAUGAUAACAAAUAUAGCGCGAAGUCUUUGGAGAAGCUACUUAGUGGUCUGAGCUUGAGACGCAGCGAGCGGCUUGAGCAAAUACCUGGCUACACUAUGUUUGAGAGCGCUAGAGGUCUUUGUAAAACAUUUGUUUGGUCCUCGGCCAACCCCAAAGGCAAUUUUGAACCCUUUCUCAUCCGCUCAUACGAUCGCGUAACAUCGAGGGAUCACUCAUCGCCACAACACCCUAAAUGGAAGACCGGGAAGAGCAAAAAGCAACAUAUGAUGGAUGCUGAAUACGAGAAGGCUCAAAAGUUUGAGGUAUGGCAGGUGGCCCGUGUGGCGAUGGUAGCACCUGGAUAUUUCAAACCUUUGAGAAUGAGCAGUGCUCGCAAUGCAGCGCAAAUCACUUUCAGAGACAAUGCUCCUCAUAUACGAUGUGAUGAAAUGGCAGUGGAUGAGGUUGAGAUAUACCCUGGACGGAGCAUUCUCGGUAACGUUGUCGACAUUGGUGACCCUCGCAGUACACGCACUGAAAAGAUCAUAACGUACCCCAAUUUGCCUUCCUAUUUUGGAUUCAAUCCUCAUAGUUUAAAAGAUAUCAACAUGGACGCUUGGAGCCCCAGACGAUCAAUUUUCUCCCAGAAAGUCAGUGGUUCGCAGACUUUAGCGGACAUCGAAUGUGUGUUUAUAUCGUGGACAAAGGAGGAUGGUGUACGCGAAUUAUUACAACGGUGUGCAUCUGAACUGGUCGCAAAGAGAAGAGGCAGAAUGAUCACACCUGAUUGGGAGCGAUAUGCUACCGGAGUUGUAUACUGGUGUCCUCAGAUUGGCUGCGACGAGGAGUGUUUCGAUCGGGCGACCUUCAUACGCCAAUUGACUGAAAUUCAUGACAUCGACCCGCUGGAGGGUCUUGAUGACUUGCUAGAUAAGUGCAGGAGACAGUGGCAGUACCAACCAGGAGCAGCUACUUCUAGAACAUCCCGCACCAAGCGGAACUUCGUCCACUUCGCCAACGACCCAAAGAGAGAAAUGAUGUAG